AUGGCUCCCAAGAAGGUGGAGGCCAAGAAGCCGGAGCCCAAGAAGGCGGAGCCCAAGAAGGAGGAGCCGCCUCCUCCUCCCAAACCAGCCGAGCCCGAGCCCAAACCUCCGGAGGUGGACCUGAAGAGCAUCGUGGUGGAGUUCUCCGCGGACCAGAUCGAGGAGUUCCGCGACGCCUUCACGCUGUUCGACGAGACCCCGGCGGGCGAGAUGAAGAUCACGUUCGCUCAGUGCGGAGACGUGCUGCGGGCGCUGGGACACAACCCCACCAACGACGACGUGCUGAAGCUGCUCGGCAGACCCAAACCGGAGGAGAUGCACAAGCAGCUGCUGGACUUCGACUCCUUCCUGCCCAUGCUGCAGCACGUGGCCCGGGCCAAGGAGCAGGGCAGCUUCGAGGACUUCGUGGAGGGGUUGAGGGUCUUCGAUAAGGAGGGCAACGGCACGGUGAUGGGGGCGGAGCUACGCCACGUCCUCGCCACGCUGGGAGAGAAGAUGACGGAGAACGAGGUGGAUCGACUGAUGGCCGGACAGGAAGACGCCAACGGACACAUCAACUACACCGAGUUCGUCAAGCACAUCCUGGCCGGCUGA